GAAUUUAGAAGCUGGCUAGAUACUGGUGUAACUUGUGGACCAGCAUAGACAUGGUGUUCACCAACAACAAUGCUGUUCAAACCUUGGUUUGCAAAUUGAUUAGAUUUUUCAAAUAUUUACACUGAAGCUGCAGAGGGCAGCUAUGGUAAGGGGCAAUGUAUUUCCUGACCAGCUGUCAAUCACAACAUGCACUGGCCCAGUUAACCAAUCACAGCACAUUUUGUUUUUCAGAAGGCGGGCCUUCAUUUGAUACAGGAACUAUUCGAGCAGUUUAUGCCAGACUGGGGAGAGAGGUGUUGUAAUCAUGUAAAAUAUGUGAAAAAUAUUGUGUUUUUCAAACAACCUAGUGUGAGAGAGCCUGUUCUACAUCCCCAAACAAAAUCAAGACUUUGAAAAAGAGCAAAAUAGGACCUCUUUAAUAAUGGACCUCCUACAAACUUGCACAUUCACCAUUUCAAACAGCUCAGGCCCAAAAUGAAGUUCAGCGAGGAUCUGAUGUGUCUUUGCAAUGUGACGUUCCACUCCUGUCUAAUUCCUCCACUUUGCAUUGGGAGAAAGAUGGAGAACAAACACUCAACAGCACUCUGAUGUACAACACCUCUGCCUACAUCAUCUUGCACACCGUUGAUGAACGCAGUGAAGGGAAAUAUUACUGUAGAUUGAUGCAAGAUGGAAGCGUACGAACUGUUAAGAAUCACACACUUAAUGUUACUCCAUAUUCAGAUGGAAAUAGUAAAAGUCAAACCAUUUCCAGUCAAAGCUCCAGUAAUACCAAUGUGUCACUGAUCUGCAAGUCUGCAAUGGAGACCCCUAAUGGUGUGUUGAGGAUUCAGUCAGUGGAUCUUACCUGUGAAGUUUCUGAAGUAACUGAUUCAGUGACACUGGUCUGGCUCAGGAUGGAGGGGAACAGAGGAGUGCUGGUCAAACAGCAAAAUAUGACUGAGAAAAACACCAUGUUACGUCUCACAGUGAAUCUAUCCAACUCUAAAACAGACCCGCUGCACUGGCAGUGUGCAGUUUUUACUAAGAAUACACUCAGAGCUCUGGUCCCUAUAACAAUCAAUUGUACCUCAUCAGAUACAAAGGCUCCAACAGAAAGCUCAGCUGAAACAAACAAAGUAAUCCAAAAAGUGUUUUGCUGUGUUUUGACUCUAUCUAUUGGGAUGUUGCUUGGAGCUCUAUUGAAUUACUGCUACAGGAAACGAAAGUCAGCUGUAUUUGCCAUCAUUUCAGUGCACUCUGGCCCUCAGGAAUCUGAACCAGUCUAUAUGAAUAUCAACCAUAUGGGACAUGAAAGAGGAAAAGGAAGCAUGAAUAAAAGAGAGGAGACACCGGAUACAUCAGACAGUUUGACCUACGCAACCAUUGUUUUCAACAAGUCCAGGUUUCAGACUUAAAAUAUAACUCCAGUCAAUUAGGAAAACCUAUGACACAAUUUCAUAUAUUUAUUAUUAUUUUAUAUAAUAUUUUUAUAAAUUAACUGCAAACCAAUAUCUCACAGAGAAAGAAUAAACAUUUUCUUUAUUAAACAUUAUCUGGUCACAAAAGAUAUAAUCUGGGAAUGCAUUUAGAGAUUCUCAGACCUACAGUAACUGCGUUCAUUAAACCACCAGCACAAAUAUUAAUCCUACUGACUGAAACUGGAUAAUUGCAUCCUUUUAUGAAUGUUGUGUUAAUCACAUUUGUAAAAGCAUUAACUAUGCAGCCAAAUAUUAUCAUGAUUUUGCUUUUGUUAUAUUAUAGGUGCCUUCAUAUAUGUGCAUGCAUACUGUUGAAAUGGCCAUUUGAUGGCACUGUUUGAAAACAUUCUUGAAUAAUAAUAAUAAAGUGUAAGUACUAAAAAGGAUAA